AUGUCGUCUCUGGGCAGUGACAGAAGGCAGAGCUUUAAGAAGGUGGGAAUGAUGGCAUCUGAUUUUCUUGUCCUCAUCUUUCUGCUGAUGUUUGAAUGCACAAACACAGAUUCCUGUGGAGACGAUGAGUUUGGUUUUAGUGAUUUAUUGCAAUUGAGUUCAUCAGCGAACACAUCACUCAUAGAAAUCGAUGAAAAAAACUUCACAUGUCUUUUUUAUCCAACCCAUGAAAUAAAGUGCUCCUGGUCAUUUCAGUUUCUGGGAAUGGAAGCUAAAGUUAUCACCAAUAUAAGCAUUUGUAACGGCACUAAUCCAGUGCAAACUCAAGAGUAUGAAACAUCUAAUGGAUCACACUACGAUGUCAUUGAAAAAAAUAUAACCCAUGUGAUCCUCCACUUUGACAUUGUUAUGCAUGGCCAAUGGGCAGUUUAUUACUAUAAGUAUCACUAUGAAGAUUUAGAAGUUCUUCCUCCACCUUCAAACAUCCAAGGAUUUUUUAAAGACAACAAUUUGAUAGUAAAUUGGAGCCUGCCUUGUCAGAAUGAUUGCAGAGUCGACCAUUUGGAGUAUGAAUUACUUAUAAAAGAUCAGGGGACCCCAAAACACAUGUCAGGAAAACUGUCCUACACUGAGCGCAACGUGGACUGCACUCAAAGCUUCACAGUUUCACUUAGGACCAGGAUCAGCGAGGCGUAUCGUGGGUCUUAUCACUGGAGUGACUGGAGCCAACCCAUCACUAUCAAAGCAAAACAGUCCACAUAUCAACCAACUGCAGCAGUGGUUGUGGCCGCUUCCCUGGGAUUACUCUUGGCUCUACUGCUCGUGGUUUGCCAAAGUUUCAGGCUGUCUAAGCACUUGUUCCCUCCUAUACCAAGCCCUCCUUCCAAGUACUUGGAAAGUUUGCAGAUCAAUGAACAGUUUGUCUCUCCAGCAGUGAACCCCGAGGAGGAAAUCACAAUAGUGACAACCAAGAAUGAAAAGACACAAAGUAUGUAA